CGGUCUCUUUCGUGAAAAGAAGUUUUGCAAGUUAAACGGCGUGUCAUUCACAACCAUUGACAAUGACUGUCGAGACGGCUACUCAAAUUCUCGAAGACCUCAGCUUGAAGGACAAGACGGAUUCUGCUCCCGUCAAAUCGGAACCCCAAAGCCCGAAGUUUGCGAAGCGUAGGAGACCAUGGGCUCCUCGCACGAUUCCUCGAGAGCAACCCAGCGUGAAGGAACAUAGUCGGAAACGUCCACAGAGACGCCGGAAUGAUUCGGAGAUGUCAUCGAGACCACACCGAAGGAGUCCUCGGCAUCGUCACGUAUCCGAAGUCUCCUCAGUGACUGAGUCAAGCAAGGACGCUUCGCCCAUGAAGACUCUCAAAGACACCGUGACCGAGAAAUACGAUAAGAAGGGAAGGACCCUGCUCGACUCGUACUUGAAGAACCGCUGGGAGCUCGUGAGCUUCGAAGGAAAAACGAAAUUUCUGCAACAGUGCAAGGCCUACGAGGUUGUGCCGAUGCCUUACCGGCUGACGAACUACAAUAUCAAGAACACCAAGGUCAUUUGUCGCAUCCUGGACAAAUUUUCGCUGCAAUUGAUGUUCGCUGAUUUGAACUACUGCCGCAAACGAUGCGAGCAGAUCAAGAAACUCCUCGCGGAGAGAACUGAACUCAUGAAAGCGAUGUUCGAUGAAAGUCUCAUGACCGAAAUUUCUGCGGCUGUGGAGGAGUCUUCACAACGUCGCUCUAAGCAGUUGCAGGACAGGCAUGAUGAAUCAUUCAAACAUCUCGAACAGGAAUACAACCUGUCAUCAGAGGAUAUCGAAGCUGCUAUGGAGCGUUUGAAGCUUUUCGAACAGAUCGACAAGGAGCGACUCGAACGUCGUCUCCAGAGACAGCAAGAGAAAGAACAGAAAGGUGAAGAGAAACCGGAAAAGCCUGCAGAAGCCGAACCCGAACCCGAAGAAACGAAGAAAGAAUGAAGCGAAGAAUUGUGCAUUUCGAUUCUUGAAAUCAGACUACAAUAAACUUCUUCUGGUUA